ACGUCGUGUUCAGCUCUGGUCAGGUCUGAAGCUUGAGGUCGGUUUAUUAGAAUAAUGAUUAACUUAAGAGUACGCACACUGAGGUUAAAGAGCAUUUCCAGAGCAGAGGAUUCACUCAGAGUGACGGCUGUCUGCGGAGAGGAAGCUCAUCUGCAAACCAACUGAUUCAACUGUCAGCAGCUCACCAGUCUCACAGUAAUGGACCCGUUCACCGGCUCUUCUCCGAGGGAAACUCUGGAGCGAGUUUCGGCCUCGCUGGCCUGCAGUCCCACCUCUGCAGAAGUGGCGGCUUACCUCGACAAACAUGACACCCUGCAACAUCUCAGGGGGGAAUUUCUGGUGCCCAAAAUUGCAGAAUUGCCUCCAUCUGAUCUCUCGCUCGUCGACGGCACCAAAGAAUGCAUCUACCUAGUGGGAAACUCGUUGGGGCUUCAGCCUAAAAGAACCAAGAAGUACCUUGAAGAGGAGCUGGAGAAGUGGGCCAAAACAGGUGUUCACGGUCACACAGAAGGCUCUCGGCCUUGGGCGUGGGCAGAAAACAACUUAGAGGAGCUCAUGGCGAAUGUUGUUGGAGCUAAACCAGAGGAGGUGGCGAUCAUGAAUGGCCUCACAGUUAAUUUACAUCUUCUUAUGCUUUCCUUCUACAAACCCACAGCUGCUCGUCACAAAAUCCUUCUAGAGGACAAAGCCUUCCCCUCAGAUCAUUACGCUGUUGAAUCUCAGAUCCGACUGCGAGGAUUCGACCCUGAGCAGAGUAUGCUGCUGCUGGCGCCCCGACCGGGAGAAGAUACUCUGAGGACGGAGGACAUCCUCGAGGUGAUCGAGAAGGAGGGCGACUCCAUCGCUGUGGUGAUGUUAAGUGGAGUCCAGUAUUACACCGGACAGUUGUUCAACAUGGCCGCUAUCACUCAGGCCGGCCAGAGGAAGGGCUGUUAUGUUGGUUUCGACUGUGCUCACGCGGCAGGAAACGCUGAGCUGAAGCUGCACGACUGGGGGGUCGACUUCGCCUGCUGGUGCUCCUACAAGUAUUUAAAUUCAGGUGCCGGUGGUCUCGGUGCAGCGUUCGUCCACGAGAAACAUAAACACACCAUCAAACCAGCGUUGUUGGGAUGGUGGGGACACGACCUGAAGACUCGCUUCCAGAUGAAUAACGUGUUGGAGCUGCAGCCCGGAGUGAGCGGCUUCAGGCUGUCCAACCAGCCCAUCCUGCUGGUCUGUCCGCUGCAGGCCAGUUUAGAGGUGUUUAACAUGACCACCAUGCAGGCGUUACGCAGGAAGUCUCUGCUGCUGACGGCCUACCUGGAGUAUCUGAUCCAGCACUAUUACUCCAAGGACCCUUCCCACCCCGAUAAACCUCACGUCCACAUCAUCACGCCCUCUGACCCCCAGCAGAGAGGCUGCCAGCUCUCGCUCUCCUUCUCUGUCCCCAUCCGGAGAGUCUUCCAGGAGCUGGAGAAGAGGGGAGUCGCUUGUGACAUGAGGGAGCCCAGUGUGCUGCGCAUCGCUCCGGUGCCUCUCUACAACUCCUUCAGCGACGUCCACCGCUUCGUAGAAACCCUCGGAUCAUCUCUCGCUGCCAGCAACCAAUGAAUGAAUGAACAAAUGUAUGAAUGAAUGGUGAGUGGACUGUGGUUUUGCUGCAAAGCUUUAUUCUUCUUCCCCGGAGUUGUCUGUGCUUCCUGGUCUCACAGGUAAUCUGGGCCUGUAGACGUCCAGAUGACAGAUUCCAGUCCCGGACCUUCUAGCUUCAUUGUUGAUUUUCAUUGUGCUUCUCUCUCCUCUCCUUCCUCUCUCUCCUCCUCUUCCUCUCCUCUAUCCUUCCUCUCUCUCUUCUCAACCCCAACCGGUCGAGGCAGAUGUUCUCCCACUCUGAGUCU